CGAUACAGCUUGUAGUGUUUUGAUUCUGUAUGAAUACGCUGGGAUAACCCAGGGUCAUCUUGAUUUAUUUGUUUUGUAGGGGGGGUAAGUUGGCUUAACGACUAAAGUGGUUUGGAAUAGGUCUAGUCUGAUACGUAUUUUACAUAGUUUAACAUCGAAGCCGACUACAGGUGACUACAGGGUAUAGUAUGGUGAUUCAAAAGGAAGCCCUUUUGGGCUUAUUGUUGUGUAUUUCAAUAGUAACUUGUUUCCCACAAGUAAGUCAAUCAGACAGUCUGGUUACAUCAAUUGCAAGUGAUUCUGUUGAAAACAAUGGAGACAAUUCAAACAAGGAAAAUGUCCCUGUUCUUCCUAAAAUAUACGAAAUGAGAGUCGACGCUAAUGUUUCCAAUAGAUUUGCCAAAUGUCAAAUUACUAGCAAGGUUAGAAACUUGGACAAAAACGCACACGAAGCUACAUUUUCUGUAGUUAUUCCUGAACAGGCUUAUAUUUCUGAAUUUAUUAUGGAGAUUGAAGGCAAACAAUACAAGGCUUAUGUACAGGAAAAGGAACAAGCUAAGAACACCUACACUAAGGCUGUUGAAAGUGGACAAGCUGCAGCUCAUGUAUCAGUCAGCGCAAGAGAUUCCAAUAGAUUUACAGUUUCUGUCAACGUUGAACCGCAAAAGAAAGCAGUCUUCUAUUUGAAGUACGAAGAGCUUUUAACACGUGCUAAUAACCAGUACGAACUUGUCAUUAAUAUUCAUCCAGGACAACCAGUCAAAAAAUUAGACGUAGAGGUUCAUAUUGACGAAUCUCGCCCUCUUAAAUUUAUAAACGCUCCACCACUAAGGUCUGGAAAUGAAAUUGCUAAGAAAGGUGAAUCACUGAAUCCAAAAGCUGAGAUCGUCAAGGUGAAUGCCACGUCAGCCGUUGUCAAGUUUAGUCCAGAUAUAGAAAAACAAAAACAAUAUGCUACCGAUUUGGGAACCAAUGCGGAAAAUGGCCUAGCAGGACAAUUCGUCGUCCAAUAUGAUGUUGAAAAGGCUGGUCCUGGAGGAGAAGUUUUAGUCGAUGGAGGACAUUUCGUCCAUUUCUUUGCCCCAAGCGAUAUUCCGGCACUUCCAAAACAAGUUGUCUUCAUUUUGGACACCAGCGGUAGCAUGGAAGGAAUAAGAAUAACCCAACUAAAGGAAGCUAUGAAGAGCAUUCUGCCAGAAUUAAAAAAAGAAGAUAUAUUUAGCAUUAUUGAAUUUGGUUCUGUGGUCAAAGUUUGGAACAUCGACAAGUCUGCUGUUCAAUAUCAGUCUGGUAUCGAUGAAUGGGGUUAUGAACCAGAAGAUCCAGAAGCGAUUUUCAAAAAUAAAACUCAACAACCGAUUCCUCCACCAUACCCUGCAUCGGAAGAAAAUAUUAAAAAGGCGGAGGAUGUUGUAGAAAAACUAAAAGCUUUUGGCGGUACUGAUAUUAACUCAGCCCUAACCACUGGUCUUCAAAUUAUAUUAAAAAAUAAGGAAGACAAAACCCACCAACCGAUUAUAGUCUUUCUAACUGACGGAGAAGCAACUGUAGGAGAAACGAACAAUGAAAAAAUCAUCACUACUAUCACUGAACUAAAUAGCGGCAAAACACCGAUAUUCUCUUUAUCAUUUGGAGAUGGCGCCGACAAGAAUUUCUUGCAAAAAUUAGCCUUGAAGAACUUAGGGUUUAACAGACAUAUUUACGAAGCUGCGGACGCAUCUCUACAGUUACAAGAAUUCUAUAAACAGAUUUCCUCACCUCUUUUGUCUAAUGUUGUGUUUAAGUAUGUCAAUAAUGUAACAGAAGUGACUAAGCAAGUCUUUCCCAUCUUGUUUGGAGGCUCCGAGCUAGUUGUCUCUGGGCAAAUCCUCGAUCCCGGAUUUUCUCCUUCAACCGUCGAAGGUUGGGGCAUAAAUGGACCAGUAAAGCUAGUACCAGUUCUGAAUCAAGCUGUUGGUAGUUUAGAACGACUUUGGGCUUAUUUGACAUUAAAACAAUAUCUAAAACAGAGAGAAGCAGCCGACAACAAAACAGGACCAACCCAAGAAGCUCUCAGGAUAGCGUUGAAAUAUUCAUUCGUUAGCGAUGUCACUUCCUUGGUUGUUGUUAAACCAAAUAAAACGGACGCAGUGGAUACUGAGGAUGGAAGUGAUAAACGCUAUCCAAUAAUUGCCAGUGGAAUUCCUCUAUCAGCUUUACAGUCCAAAGCACCUAUGCUAGGCUCUGCAGGGAGUAGUUACAUUCCUUUAUCAAACUUUGGAGCACCGAACUACUUUGCUUCUCCAGUAGCAGCUGAAUCUGAUGUUGAUUCAUUGUCAGAUAGAAUUUAUGGAGGAGCUUUGCCUGCACCCACUUUUAGCAACAAAAUAUACCCAAGUACUACAUUUAGACCACCAACCACUUAUAGUACGACGCCCUUUACACCAAUAUGCAAUACACAAACUCCAAAAUCACUACUUCAAGUGUUGAAGGAGAAACUACCUUGGCUAGCUGCCAUUUUAGAAGAUGAUGAAGUAUUAACUCUUUCAAAAGGUAAAUUCAAGCUAGGUCUUAAUGAAACCGAAUCUAGCAAACCUGAUUGUCCAGAAACUCCUCUGAGUCAACCUGGAGAAUGUACAUUAAUUCACCACUGUAGUCAAGUGUACGAGAAAUUGACUGAUAUUCAAACGUACGAAAAAUAUUUCUGUGAUUUACAAGGAUUUGCCGGCAUCUGCUGCCCUAAGCAAUCCUAAGAUACCCGACAAAUACAUUUAGAGUAAUUACUGCAGUAUUGUCUAAUAUUCCGUAACAGCUGGACAACAAAAAUAACUUAUAACAGAAACAUCUCAAAUUGAAUAUCUAAAUUAACUGUGAGAUGAAGAUGAAGGUAUUAUCACUAUAUUUAGUUUUAAUUAGACAUUUUACUGAAACACUAUGUUAGUUGUACUUAUUUUUGUAUGCGAAUCGUAUUAAAAUAAAUAUUAAAAAUAAA